CUCUGAGCCACAGAGAUUAUCACACACACUGUCACACGGACCACGUAGCUUGCCAAGCUAAGGUAAGAUAGCUAGGAGGGAGGAAGCUAUAGCCUAUAGCUCCCGCCGGCCGUUGAAGUGAACAUGGUGGCGGUGGCCGGAGCUGCUGCUGCUGGUGGUGGUCCUCCCAAGACCAAGAUGGCCGGAGGGGAGAAGCUGAUCAUCCGGUCGGACAAGGUCCGGCUCAUUGACAUCCUGUCAAUGCUGCUCCUGCGCCGGCCCAUCACCAGCUACUCCUUCGUCGAGGCCAGCGACCAGACGACGCUCGACGUCGGCGACGAGUCGGACGGCAUCAUCGUCCCGCUCACCGAGAUCAUCCUCAAGUUCCUCGCCGCCGCAUACUGGCCGGCCAAGGUGAUCAGCGUCGCCCUCGAGUUCCUCCUCAACUUCGUGGCGCUCAACGGCGGCAUGCUUGGCCUUGGCAUCAUAUGGAACAUCUUCAGAUGCAAGCUUGUGAUCCCGCUGGACCGGGAGGCGCCCGACUUCCGGACGAUAAUCGGGAUGAUCGAUGGGAGGACGAAGCUGAAGCCAGCCACGCUAGAGAUGGCCGGCGGUGGCGACAUGCGGCAGCUGCAGGUGCACGAAACGGUGGUUUUUGGCGAAGCCAAUGACCUGGAGAGCGGCGGGUGCACCGUGGCGGCACUCCUUGUCCAGCAGCAGUACCUCGUCCCUGAGGUCACCGUCAUGGCGGCUAAGAUCGCAUAUGAGAACCAGGCAUAUAUUGAGAACGUGGUCAACAACGUCUGGAAGUUCAAUUUCGUGGGGUUCUACAACGGUUGGAACAAGUUCCUGCAUCAGGACACCACGCAGGCGUUCGUGAUGACGGACAGGGCCAAGGACGCGAGCGCGGUGGUGCUGGCUUUCCGGGGCACGGAGCCGUUCAACACCACGGACUGGUCGACGGACGUGGAGCUGUCGUGGCUGGGCUUGGGCGCCAUGGGCAACGUCCACCUCGGCUUCCUCAAGGCGCUCGGCCUGCAGGAGGAGGACCCCAAGGACCCCAAGCGCGCCUUCCCCCGCAAGGACAAGGGCGCCGCCCCCAAGGGCAAGUUCUUCGCCUACUACCAGCUCCGCGAGGUGGUCCGGGAGCAGCUCAAGAAGCACCCCGCUGCGCGGCUCAUCGUGACGGGGCACAGCCUCGGCGGCGCGCUGGCCGCCAUCUUCCCGGCGCUCCUGGCGCUGCACGGGGAGAAGGACCUCCUGGGCAGGCUGGGCGACGUGCUGACCUACGGGCAGCCGCGCGUCGGCGACAGCACGUUCGUCGACUUCCUAAGCACCGCCACCAAGGCGGCGCGCUACGACCGCGUGGUGUACCGGUACGACAUCGUGCCCCGGGUGCCGUUCACGGCGCCGGUGGCCAAGUACAGCCACGGCGGGACCUGCGUGUACUACGACGGCUGGUACGACGGCAAGGAGCUCGCCGGCGACGAGCCCGACCCCAACUACUUCGACCCGCGGUACGUGUUGUCCAAGUAUGGCAACGCGGUGGGCGACCUGGUGAAGGGGGCCUUCCUCUGGGCCAGCGCCGGCCGCGACUACCGCGAGGGCCUCAUCUCCCUGUUAUACCGUUGCGGUGGCCUGAUCUUCCCCGGCUUCGCGUCACACAGCCCACGCGAUUACGUCGAUGCCAUCCGCCUCGGACGCAUCGCGCCCAAGCAAAUUUAAGACACAGCGAUCGGCCGGCUGGAAAGAUGAGGGUUGAUGAAUAAAUCGCUUUAUGUCGCUGUGUGUGCAAGUUUUUUUUUUUUGGCCUCUUUGUGUGUGCAAGGUGUGUACUACUAUCUGAAUAAUACCAUGGGUCAGUGUAACAAGCUGUGACCACUAAUAUAUAUCUGAAAUAUAUCACAAAUUUAAAAUUAA